AUGUCUGAUAUCAGAUCCGGAUCGCGAGGUCGAGAGUUCAUCUCCACCGGCCGAGGCGGAGCAGGAAACGCAAUCCGUUCUCCCUCUCGGAACAACGCAACGGGAACUCCUAAGGGUAUCGACCCCAACCUCCAACCGGGGUCUGAACGAGGUCGAACCGUUCACCCUGCUUCUGGACUCCACACCGUCCACUCCGCCGGUUCCGAAGGGACCGAACGAGAAGGUAACAAAGAGAGGAGCUUGAGCAAGAACCGCAUCCACACAGGAAGAGGAGGAGCGGGGAACACCCGAUCGCCCAGCGUUUCUAAGCGGGACAAGGAAGAAGAGAGAAGGGAGGAAGAGUUGGAGGAGCGGUUGGUUGCGGAACGGAGGGGACGGGAGGAGAUGGCUGGGAAGGGAGGGAGUUUCGGGCGGGGUGGGGCUGGCAACAUGAACCAAUCCCGCUCCCGCUCGCGAUCCCGACAACCUUCCUUGACCCGUUCGUCCACUUCCGGGCCCAACACCAACAGCUCUCCCCACGCGCACCAGGGGCUGCACUUGAACCACCUUUUGCACCACGGAGGAGGGGGCAAGGGACCUGGGUCUCCGGCCAAGAACGGGCACGAUGGCGAGUUGAGCAAGACGACCACGAGGAGUAGUAGCACUUAUGUCGCGAGCGGACGUGGAGGAUAUGGGAAUAUCAUCUCUGCCGACCAGAUGACUCCGGAACAACGAGCUCAGUUCGAAGCCGAGAAAUUGAGCGACGCUCAGAUCUUGAGUCGAUACAGGUCGGGACAUCCUCAUGAGAUCCACUCGUCCGGCCGUGGUGGCGGUGGCAACCUGGCCGCGCCCAUCGAGACCGAGACCGAAGCGCGGAUGGCCGCGAUCUCCUUGGAAGAGCGCGAAGUCCGGGACAAGGUCGACGCCGAGUCUGCCAGGUUGGGCCGGACCACGGGCCACGGCGGUCUGGGCAAUUAUCAGCCCCCGCCCAUCGUCGAGGUCGACGAGGAGGCCGGAGCGGGUGGUAGGGGUAGGCAGUCGAACGAGCUCAACGGCGGAGGUGGCGGGAUGAUGAGAAAGGUGAUGAGGAGUCUGAGCAGACAGAGCGGACCCAGGGAUAGGUCGGCCGUGAGGGGAUAA